AUGGAUACUUGCCAAUUUACGUUCAUUGGCCAUACAGACACGAUUCGAACAGCGUUAGGUGUUGAACAAUCAUGGGACGUUUUAUGCGAAAGACUCAAUCGAACAGGUACUGGUUUACUAGGUGGUACACAUUAUUUCACUAUAAGUUAUGAAGGCCCAGAGUUAUUCGCUGUAGACAGAAGUCAUGAUACAAUUGGUGUCUAUUAUCAUGAUUUAGGUGAAUGGCAUCGUUAUAUAACUGCGCGGGACAUUCGUUUUGGAACGAUGCCAGAUACGGUUCCAGGACAAGCGUUGAUUAGAGCCACGUCACCCAAUUGA